AAUGAAAACAAUUUUGAUAAAGUUGGAGGGGUGAAUAAGUAGUGUUGCGUUAAAGGAUGAGUAGGGAAUCCCGGCGUUCGAGGACUGGAGGUGUAAGCUUUGCAGGACUCUGUACGGGAUGAGACCAUUUAGGGCAGUGGCAACACGUGCGAUGGCUCGAAGUUGUACCCUGCAGGGAGGUAGAGCUUAUGCUUGUCGGUGUAUUUGUAUUUUAGUCGACCAUUGCCUCGUCGUUUCACGUAGGCACACACAGACGGAGAAUGUCGGAGGAACCGCCUCACGGACGCGAUACCUGAGGUUUUGGCCUGGACAAUGCGGUUGUUGUGUGUAUGGCUACCCAUGGCCUUUUUCGUGUUGACUUUUUGUUGCUGGAGUUUGACGGUAAAGGAUCAUCUAGUGCCGACGCCGGGUUCCGUAAAGGUUUUGCAUGUACAAGUGAGAAGAAGGUGCGGUCGGAGGUGGAUGGAUGGAAUCGAUACUCUGGCCGUUUUACUCGUAAUUACCGUGUCUCGGUUCAGAUGUAGGGGUACAGCAUCUGCUUGGUUCUAUGUAGACUUCACACGCAGUUUGAAAAUUGAGAAAAAUACCUCUG